AUGCAAAUGAUUAAUAUUGUUCGACAUUUAUACAACAAUAAUAUAAUUUAUCGUGAUAUUUGUCCACGAAAUGUGAUGAUGGACCGUGAUAAAAGGUUAAGAUUAAUUGAUUUUGGUUUUGCCUACAUCCUUAAAGAUGAUCAAGCGGUACAAAAGUUACCAAUAGAAGGAGCAACAACAUUUGCUGAUAUCGAUUUCUUAACGGAAUACAUAGAAAAUCCUCAAGCAUAUUUCUGGUACAACUAUAAACGAAAUUUUGAUUUAUUUUGUGCAAUUAAUGUUAUCACAUAUAUGAUAAAUAAAGAAGUUAAAGAAGGGAUGAAUGGAAUUCAUAGUACAGGAAUAUGCAAGAAUAAGAAAGUACGUAAUGGCUUACAAACAUGGAAACGUAUGCAAACAAAGAAUAAAGCCUAUGAUGCGUUAUUGCAAUCCAUAGAAAACUUAUCCAUGGAAUCAGAUUUUGACAAUAUGGAAUUGAUCUUAAAAAACAAUUACAAAAAUCUUCAAAUGAUUGAUAAUGAAAAUUAUGAGAAGUGA